AUGAUGUUCCCUUCCAAGGCUUUCCUGUCGAUCUUCUUUGUCGUGCUGUCCUCUGCCGACGCAUCUCCUUUACGCCCUGACGCUGGCAAGGCAACCCUCAGCUUUGCCACCAGGGUGAACGUCAGGGGUGCUGUUAAUAUCGCUGCCGCCGACAGGGCUCGCGUUCAGGCGAUGAAGCAAGCUGGUUCCAUGGGCAAGCGUGCUGGCAAGUCCUCUUUCAGCAUAGCCAACGCUAUCGUUACGUACACUGCCCAAGUUGGUGUCGGUAGCCCUGCCACUGAGUACACACUCAUUAUUGAUACGGGCAGCUCCAACACCUGGUUAGGUGCAGCCACCUCAUACAGUCCCACUAGUACUAGUGCGGAUACUGGCAGCACUGUUUCCGUGUCUUAUGGUUCCGGUAGUUUCUCCGGAGAGGAAUACACGGACACCGUUCAUUUGAGCACUGGUCUGGUCAUUGACGAACAAUCCAUCGGAGUUGCGAGCUACUCGCAAGGCUUCGAUGGCGUGGAUGGAAUUCUUGGAGUCGGACCAGCUGACUUGACGGAGGGUACCGUUUCCAACGUCAACGUUGUCCCCACUGUCACAGACAACCUCUACAGCCAGGGUGUCAUCGGCACCAAGGCACUCGGAAUCUACUUUGUUCCUGCUGCUGCCUCUGACAGUGUUGGCGAGCUCACCUUUGGCGGGCACGAUAGCUCAAAGAUAACGAGCCCGGUGACUUACGUGUCUCUCACGACUACGUCACCUGCUAGCGAUUACUGGGGCAUCGACCAGUCUAUUUCCUAUGGAGGUUCCACCAUUUUGUCUGAGACUGCUGGUAUUGUCGACACCGGCACGACUCUCGUUUUCAUCGCCUCCAAUGCGUUCAGCACGUACCAGACUGCCACUGGUGGCGUAUUGGAUGAGACCACCGGUCUCCUGAAGAUAACCUCUAGUCAGUAUGCUAAGCUGCAAAGCCUGACCUUCAAGAUUGGUGACAGAGCCUACGAUCUGACCCCCAACGCCCAAAUUUGGCCGCGUUCCCUCAACACGUACCUAGGCGGAAGCAGUGGUGACAUCUACCUUAUCGUUGCUGAUAUCGGCAGCGACUCUGGUUCUGGAUUGGAUUUCAUCAACGGUUACGCAUUCCUUCAACGCCACUACUCUGUCUUCGACACCACCAACAACCAAGUCGGCUUUGCAACCACCAUAUACACUGAUGAUACGAGCAACUGA